UCCAUUUGGCUUGGAGCUCCAUGUUUUGGUUUGUCCUUGCAUCAGUGUAUGCCAUUGCAGAAUUUAAUGGAAAGUCCAUAGUUAUGGCCACAGAGAAGAACUCUAUGCAUCACAAACAAGGCAGAAGAAAACUAGAUGAUGUAGCUGGCUCCAUUUGCAUUGACUGUGGGCUAUCUGGAGAUCUUAAGUAUACUGAUGACGAAACUCGGAUAGAUUACACUUCAGAUACAGGGUUCAUUGACACUGGAACAAACAAAAACAUAUCUGUCAAGUUCAUUCCUGAAAUUGCUCAAAGAACCUUCAAAACUGUGAGAAGCUUUCCUCAGGGUAAAAGGAAUUGCUACACACUAAGACAUCCAGAAGGCAAAGAUACUAUUUACUUGAUCAGAGCAACUUUCAUGUAUGGGAACUAUGAUGAGUUGAAUCAGCUGCCACAAUUUGAUCUUUAUAUUGGGGUUAAUUUAUGGGAUUCUGUGAGGUUUGACAAUUCCACUCAUGUGGUAAUCAAGGAGAUUUUACACGUUCCAUCGAUGGAUAAUUUAUAUGUUUGUUUAUUGAAUACUGAUUUGGGAACUCCUUUUAUAUCAGCACUGGAGGUGAGGCAUUUUGAUUAUUCCAUUUAUAGAACCAAGUCUGGACCCUUAGCUUUAUAUAGACGUUUCGAUAUUGGCUCAACAACUGAUGAAAUAGUGAGGUUUGACAAAGAUUAUUAUGAUCGAAUGUGGUUUCCUUACAACUUACCUGAUUGUACACCACUCAAUACUUCCUUCACCAUUGACUCCUUGAACCAUACUAAAUAUCACCUGCCAUCAACAGCAAUGAGAACUGCUGUGAGGCCUAAAAAUGAUAAUGAUUCACUCGAAUUUGAAUUUGACACCGGAUAUCCUACUUCAGAGUCCUAUGUUUACAUGCACUUUGCUGAAAUCGAAGAUCUUCAGGAAAAUGAAAAGAGGGAAUUCGACAUUACAUUGAAUGGAAAAUUAUGGGCUGAGUCUGUAACUCCUAUGUAUUUGCACUCAACUACAAUAGAUAGUGAACAGUCCAUUAGGGGAAAUAAGCUUAUGUUCUCUAUGCAUAAGAAACCAUAUUCCACCCAUCCUCCCAUUCUCAAUGCAAUGGAGAUUUACAUUGUUAAAGAUUUCUUGCAGGCACCUACAGACCAAGAAGAUGUUAAGGCUAUCAUGGAGAUCAAGUCACACUACAUGUCAACGUCUUUGUUGGGUAAAUCAUGGCAAGGAGAUCCUUGUGCACCAUUAAAAUACUCUUGGAACGGUCUCAACUGCAGCAAUAAUGGAUAUGAUUCACCCAGAAUAACUGCACUAAACCUAGCCUCCAGUGCAUUGGGUGGCACAAUAAUUGCCUCAUUUUUGGAGCUCAAAUUCUUGGAAUCCUUGGAUUUAUCAAACAAUAGCUUAACGGGUCCAAUGCCUGAUUUUUCACAACUGCAAUACUUGAAGGCUCUCAAUUUAUCAGGGAACAAGCUUUCAGGUGAAAUUCCUUCACUUCUCAAGGAAAGAUCAAAUAAUGGUUCACUUUUAUUGAGUGUGGAUGGAUAUCCGGAUCUCUGCCUGAUGGCCCCAUGCCAAGAGGACAAAAAGAAUAUUGUCCCACUUGUUGCAGUCAUUCUUUCAUCAGUGGUCUUUUUAAUUGUGCUGGGUACUGCACUGACUAUCAUUUGGAGAUGGAGAUGCAACAGAAAACCAGCAUCAAAGCAAGCUGUGAGAUCAAGCGAAGAAAUUGUACUGAAGUCAAAUAAUAAACAGUUCACGUACUCUCAGAUAGUAGCUAUUACCAAUGACUUUGAGAAAAUGAUUGGGAAGGGAGGAUGUGGAAUUGUUUAUCACGGUUCCUUAAAUAAUGGCACACAAGUUGCUGUCAAAAUGGUGUUGCCAAAAUCACCACAAGGUUCUCAGCAGUUUCAGACUGAGGCUGAACUCUUAAUGCGAGUUCAUCAUAAAAACUUAGCUUCCUUUCUUGGAUAUUGUAAUGACGUUGGACACUCUGCCAUCAUCUAUGAAUACAUGGCUUAUGGGAACAUAGAGGAGUAUCUAUCAGAUGCAAAGAGAGAACCAUUGAGUUGGAGACACAGGAUUCAAAUAGCAGUUGAUGCUGCUCAAGGACUCGAAUACUUGCAUCAUGGCUGCAAGCCUCCUAUAAUCCAUAGAGACAUUAAGACUGCAAACAUUUUACUGAACGAGAAAAUGCAGGCAAAAGUAGCUGAUUUUGGUUUCUCAAAACUUUUCCCAACUGAAAAUGAAAGUCAUAUAUUAACUGCUGUUGUUGGCACAUUUGGAUAUCUUGAUCCAGAAUACUACACAUCCAGCAGGCUGACUGAGAAAAGCGAUGUUUAUAGUUUUGGCAUUGUUCUUUUGGAGCUUAUUACUGGGCAGCAAGCCAUAAUAAAAGGUCGUGAGAACACUCACAUUGUGAAAUGGGUUAGCCACUUUCUUGCAAGAGGAGAUAUACAACAAAUUGUUGAUCCAAGGAUGCAGGGAGAUUUUGAUUUUGGCUCUAUGUGGAAGGCUGCGGAGGCAGCAAUAGCUUGUGUGCCUUCAAUUUCCAUCCAAAGGCCAUCAAUGAGUUACAUUGUCACGGAACUGAAAGAGUGCUUAGAAAUGGAAGCAGCUCGAGAACAAGAGGGCACCAAUGAGCAAAUUUCGAAAUCAAACUCGUUUGAAAUGAGUGUUGUUGAUCUUGAAGCUGAUUAUGGCCCGGGUGCAAGAUGAUGAUCAAGAAUGAGCUUUCCAGUUUUAUUUUUUUUAUUUCUGUUAUAUUCAAUAUAAAGUAAAAGGUAUACUGCUUAUGUAGAA